AUGCCUAAACAAAGCAAAAAGACCAAGUUCUACAACUCUCUCAAGACCAAGUUCUACAACUCUCUCAAGACCAAGUUCUACAACUCUCCCAAGACCAAGUUCUACAACUCUAUGAAGACCAAGUUCUACAACUCUCUCAAGACCAAGUUCUACAACUCUCCUAAGACCAAGUUCUACAACUCUCCCAAGACCAAGUUCUACAACUCUCUCAAGACCAAGUUCUACAACUCUCUCAAGACCAAGUUCUACAACUCUAUGAAGACCAAGUUCUACAACUCUCUCAAGACCAAGUUCUACAACUCUCCCAAGACCAAGUUCUACAACUCUCUCAAGACCAAGUUCUACAACUCUCUCAAGACCAAGUUCUACAACUCUCCCAAGACCAAGUUCUACAACUCUCUCAAGACCAAGUUCUACAACUCUCUCAAGACCAAGUUCUACAACUCUCUCAAGACCAAUACACACCUGACCCCAACCCCAUUGACACGCCUGACCCCAACCCCAUUGAUACGCCUGACUCCAACCAACCCCAUUGACACGCCUGACCACGACCCCAUUGACACGCCUGACCCCAACCCCAUUGACGCACCUGACCACGACCCCAUUGACACACCUGACCACGACCCCAUUGACACGCCUGACCACGACCCCAUUGACACGCCUGACCCCAACCCCAUUGACACACCUGACCACGACCCCAUUGACACGCCUGACCACGACCCCAUUGACACGCCUGACCACGACCCCAUUGACACGCCUGACCACGACCCCAUUGACACGCCUGACCCCAACCCCAUUGACACACCUGACCACGACCCCAUUGACACGCCUGACCCCAACCCCAUUGACAAGCCUGACCCCAACCCCAUUGACACGCCUGACCCCAACCCCAUUGCAUUACCUUGA